AUGCUGAAAUCUGUCGUUGCUCUGUUGUGCUUGGCCAUUUUGGCUGAAGCUACGGUGGUUCGUGUUCCCAUACACAAGGUGAAGGAAAUGAAAACCAAGGAAAUCGAAGUGAUGAAAUUGAAGGGCAAAUACAACAAAUCCGAUUUCGUCGCCAAAAAGGAGAACUUGAUGAAUUUUAUGGACAAUGCCUACUACGGUAAAAUAACAAUUGGUACACCACCUCAGGAGUUUUUGGUUUUAUUCGAUACUGGAUCCUCGAAUUUGUGGGUUCCUGUAGCACCCUGUUCACAAGGCAAUGUUGCUUGUCAAAAUCAUCAUGCCUAUAACCCAAGUGCUUCCUCCAGUUAUGUGCCAAAUGGUGAACCCUUCUCCAUUGCCUAUGGAUCUGGCAGUCUAUCGGGAUAUUUGGUUCAAGACACUGUCACCGUUGAAGGUUUGGCAAUUCAAAAUCAAGUUUUUGCUGCUGCCACCAAUGAACCCGGCAACUCCUUUACCUACUCCUCAUUUGAUGGUAUUCUUGGUAUGGGUUACCAGCAAAUUGCCCAGGAUAAUGUUGUACCACCAUUCUACAAUAUGUUUGCCCAAGGUUUAGUGGAUGCCGAUGUCUUUGCAUUCUAUUUGGCUCGUGACGGUACCUCUGACAAUGGUGGUGAAUUGAUAUUGGGUGGUAUUGAUUCGAACCACUACACCGGUGAGCUGACCUAUGUUCCCGUUACAAAUGAGGGUUAUUGGCAAUUCGCAAUGGCAUCGGGAGAAGUUAAUGGUGUAAAUGUAUGUGACAAUUGCCAAGGUGUUGCUGAUACCGGUACCUCUCUCUUGGUUGUUCCCUUCCAACAAUAUGAAAAUAUUCAAGCUGCUGUUGGUGCUGAAUUCAAUGAAGAAUAUGGUGCUUAUGUUUUGGAUUGUUCUACCGUUAGCAGUUUGCCUCCAUUGAACUUCAGCAUUGGUGGCCGUACAUUCUCCAUUGAAGCUAAGGAUUAUGUUUUGCAGAAUUAUGGCAUUUGCACCACAGCUUUUGAGAAUAUCGGUGUUGACUUUUGGAUUUUGGGUGAUAUUUUCAUUGGUAAAUAUUAUACCGUCUUCGAUUUGGGUAACAAUCGUGUUGGCUUUGCUGAUGCUAAGUAAA